GAACUCCACACGCGUUUAAUUUCCCUCGCUUGCCGUUCUCGCUCUCCCGCUUCCGUCGUUGCCCCAUUCUCUCCUCUCCACCGUUGCUUUCGCUGCCCUCCUUCCUUUUCACGCCCUAAUUUUAUAAAAUCUUAGUUUCCCUUCCGAUCACGCUCUUUUCCUCCUCCGGUCCGAUACGCCAUGGGGAAGAGAAUUUUGGUCACUGGAGGCGCCGGCUACAUCGGUAGUCACACCGUGUUGCAGCUUCUCCUCGCUGAUUUCAGCGUCGCUGUGGUGGAUAACCUCGAUAACUCCUCUGAGGCCGCCCUCGAGCGCGUCGCCAAGCUCGCUGGGGACGCCGGCAGGAACCUGUCCUUUCACAAGAUUGACCUUCGAGAUAGAGAUGCACUGAAGAAAAUUUUUGAUUCGACAAAAUUUGAUGCUGUUAUACACUUUGCCGGAUUAAAGGCAGUGGGAGAAAGUGUUGAAAAACCCUUGCUUUAUUAUAACAAUAACAUUAUUGGCACAAUCAUUCUUUUGGAAACAAUGGCCAAUUAUGGAUGCAAAAAGCUUGUAUUCUCAUCAUCAGCUACUGUCUACGGUUGGCCAAAGGAAGUACCCUGUACUGAAGUAUUUCCCUUAUGUGCUACAAACCCAUAUGGACGAACUAAGCUUAUGAUUGAGGAGAUUUGUCGUGAUAUCCAUUGCGGUGAUAGUGAAUGGGACAUAAUUUUACUAAGAUACUUUAAUCCUGUUGGUGCUCAUCCUAGUGGAUUCAUUGGUGAAGAUCCUCGUGGAAUUCCUAAUAAUCUCAUGCCAUUCGUACAACAAGUAGCUGUGGGAAGGAGACCUGCUCUUACUGUUUAUGGAAAUGAUUAUUCAACUAAAGAUGGCACAGGGGUAAGGGAUUACAUUCAUGUUGUUGAUUUAGCAGAUGGACAUAUUGCAGCCGUAGAGAAGCUAUUUCAGGGUGGAAGUAAAACAGGUUGCCAAGUCUAUAAUUUGGGCACUGGUAAGGGAACAUCUGUCUUGGAAAUGGUAGCAGCAUUUGAGAAGGCUUCCGGAAAGAAAAUCCCUCUGGUUAUGGCUGGAAGACGACCCGGUGAUUGCGAAACUGUUUAUGCAUCUACCAGCAAAGCAGAGAAAGAGCUCAAUUGGAAGGCAAAGUAUGGGAUUGAAGAGAUGUGUCGGGAUCAAUGGAAUUGGGCUAGCAAAAAUCCAUGGGGAUAUGGAAAACCUGACGAGUCCACCAACCCAUCAACAUGACCCGAUCAGUUCAAAUGUUCAAAGUACUAUCACAUGUUGAUUUUUUUUUUUUUUACAAAUAACUGGCAUGAAUUAGUUUUGAAUUGCGACUCAUAAAAUAAUAAAUGCCUCUACAAUUGAAGAGGUCAAGUUAGUAA